UUGGCAAGCAGCCAGCGCGGCCAUAACGUAGUGACGUACGAGUUGGCUAAGCACGUAGUGCUGCUGUUGCGAUAUUUUUAACCUCGCAUUAAGCUCGUGACUUCGAAAAAUUAAUUUUGCCAGUAUGGGUGAGGAAAAGGACGGUGUUCCCAACGGCGAGAUGGCACCUCAAGAAGAGUCGUCAAAAGUUUUGCUUAAUGAAGGAGCAGAUGGAGCGAAAGCUGAGGUGCAGGCAGCUGACAUCAAAGUCGACAUCGCAACCGAGGAUGAGUUCCGUGGACUCACCAAGUCUGAGCUCAUGAAGUACGCCAAGGAUCCAUUUUGGGUUCGACUCCGCAUUAUCCUCAUGUUCCUAUUUUGGGCAGCAUGGGUGGCUAUGUUGGUGCUGGCUAUCUGGAUCAUUGUCAAAGCCCCCGCCUGUGAGCCUCCACCCACCAUCACCUGGAUGCAGGAGAGUGCCAUGGUGGAGGUCAACCCAAGUGCCAUGGAUCCUCAAGACUCGGUGAACCUGGUGAAGGCUCUGGGCUUGUCGUCCUUCUACAUCCCCGCCCUCAUCAGCGGCCACGACUUCUACAAGCUUAACCCUGCGUAUGUGGCGGAGCAGGUCACCAGCCUGCUGCAGGUACAUGAUGAGCAGGUCACCAGCCUGCUGCAGGCUCUGACGGGUGCUGGAGUGCACGGCGUAACAGACUUCGUGCCCAGUCCUGUGCUGCCCUACAACUCCUGGGUGGUAAACACAAGCUAUGCACACCUCUUCAACCUGCCGGCACUGACACUCAACUAUGACGAGGAGGACCUCAGCCCCGAGCUGCAGAAAGUGUUGAUUUUCUGGAAGAACGAGUACAACAUCACGGGCUUUACGGUGCCUGCUGACGAGACCGAGAAACAACCUGAGCUUCAUAACCUCACCACCUCCCUCAACCAUGACCUAGCUGACCAGGACAUCGUGGUGGGGGAGGGGAUGGUUGACGUGUCAGAUGCUGUCAGCAACCUUAACCUUCCUGGCAGCUUCCAGCAAUUCCUGAAACUGAACUCUGACUCCUGGCCCUACUAUAAGUUUAUGCCGGUAGUGGCUGACCAUCGUACCGCCUCACCCGCUCAGAUGCCGGCAGUGACGAUGGCCCUUAUGCUCUCCCCUGGCACUCCCAUCCUGCAGAUCCCAGGGAACAACACGGAGAAGUUCGUGACCAGCCUGGGGGGCGUGGUGGCUGCGUGCUCGGAGCUUCGCUCCAAAGACGCUUUCAAGUUCGGCGCCACGGAGUUCGUCAACUCCACCGCCAACGUCGUGGCGUUCACCAGGAUCAGGACGAUGAAGGGCACGCCUGGGUAUGCCGUGGUAAGCAACUUGGCGCACGAGGACGUACUGCUGGACUUCAGCAUCCUCCCCGCCGUCCCCUCAACGGGGACGCUCGUCUAUAACCUCACCAGUGGGGAGGUGCCCCCCAGCAACAAGGUGGAUCUAACAUCCGUGCUGGUGGAGGGCCAUGGAGGAGCUGUCAUCGAGUUCGUGGCUCAGGACCAUUAAAAUCCUCCACCAACUCCUCCAGUGUUAUCCACCUUCUUCAGUGUUAUCCACCUCCUCCAGUGUUAUCCACUGUCAUCCACCACGCCAGCCGCUCACUCACGCUCAUUCCUUACCUUGGAUGUCAGCUCUAGCAGCAUCUCGGAAAUGUUUCUUCUGUGCUAAAUUAAAACGUUUCUUUUAUUUUUGACGUUAUUGCUAUCAUUAUAAAAAAAUUAAAUGCAGGGAAACUAAAUCCUUUUGAUGAAUUGUUAUUGAACAAUUUAUAAGUUUGAGCGGUGAAGUAAUAUUUGAAAUAUCAUUAUUGAUAUUUUAACUCGCAAGUUGUAUAACUCUUACUUUGAACGUCACGUUACACUGGUAAUGUUAUUAACGCUUCUGUACGCACGGUCACGUUAUUCUUAUUGUUUGUAGUACUUUUACUUUAGUUAAAUUCGGGCUGACGUUGGGUGGUUAGAAGGCAGGCGCGUUGGAGCCAACGUUGAGUGGUGGGCAGUGGAUCUGCUUGUUCUCGCUUCUGCUUAUAUCGCAAAUAUUCAACACAAACACGCACGAAAUGUGUUACAUAUUCAUAUGUAAUGUAUUACAUAGGAACGCUAGCAAUAUCUUGUACGCAAGAUAAUCUGUCGAACGGUCCAUACUCACUGAGCCCAGGUGCGGUAAUACAAAGUCCAGGCGAUAUCUUUGUUUAUUAAUGGACAUGGUCCAUUUAAUAUAUGAUGUUGAUAAUAACAUGUAUGUUGAUGUUGAUAAACGUCAUCAAUCAAUGUUGAUGUUGUUGACUUCAAAAUGUGUAUCAGACUUAAGAAAAGCCCUGCCUCGAAUGUAGAAUCAAUGUUCGAAUCGUUGAUUUGAGUUCAAUUCGUGUGUUUUUGACUUCAACUUGAUCGUGAGUUUUAUUUUAUGCGAUUUUACUGGCCACGAUGGUUAGUAUUUUGACGUGUUCGAUUAUACUAUGCGUGUAUAAUUGCUUGUUAUAUAGUUAAUUUAACUGAUCAGCAUUAAUGGUAAUUGUUAUUGUUUUUUGAAUUGAUGCCUUGAGCGCGGUUCAGUUGUUCGAUGUAAACCAUCAUGAAGGUGCAGGGUUGCGAUGUGAACCAUUAUGAAUGGGUUCGGGCCCAGUAAGAAAAAGGUUUGAAUAUCGUAAUGUUGAAGUGGGAUUGAGGAUUACAAUACCGAAUUGUACACAUAAUACCACAUUCUAACAUUGUACGACAUUGUACACGCAGCACCACAUUCUAUCAUUGUACGACAUUGUACACGCAGCACCACAUUCUAACAUUGUACGACAUUGUACACGCAGCACCACAUUCUAACAUUGUACGACAUUGUACACGCAGCACCAUUCUAACCAUUGUACAACAUUGUACACACAAUACCACAUUCUAACCACUGUACAACAUUGUACACAUAAUACCACAUUCUAACCGUUGUAACACCACAUUCUAACCAUUUUACGACAUUGUACGCAUGAUAACACAUUCUGAGCAUCGUACAACAUUGUUCCUCCAUUACUCUUUAAUUAUAAUACCGCCGCUUGUACCCACGCCAGCUGCUUCGCUAAUAAACAUUCUGCCGUAA